ACUAUCUCUGCGUUUCUAUUGGCUGCACGGCCUGGACACGAGCCAAUCAGAAUGCACACCGGUUAAGGCCGAAUAUUGCGGUUUCCUAGCAACCAGUGUUUGUAAUGAAAGCGUCCCCGCCGCACAUGAGCUCCGGUUCAGGUCUGGAUCCUGUCUGAGUCAAAAUGCAAAACCUCGAGUUACUGUCGGAGCGCGUCGCCAGAGUUAAUCUGGAGCAUCGUCGCAACAAAGAGGCUGAAAGGAAGGAGAGAAUCUUUAAUGAUAAAGUGAGGACGAUCGGGGUUGACAAGGAAGCCCUAGACAUGCAGGUGGAAGAGAAGAAAAGACAAGCAGCAGCAGCAAAAGAGCAGCAGCGUGCCUAUGAGGCCGAUAUGCUCCAUCACAGCAAAGUAGCUUCUAUCCUCCAGAGCAGACAAGUGAAGGAGAGGCGUGCCGUGGAAAAGGCCCUGGUGGCGUACAGAGAUCCGCACCAGCAGCUUAGGAACCGGCGGGAGUUUGACCUGAAUGACCAGGGUGAUGCUGGGAUGACACUCCCACCCCUUGUGGGCGAGGACCCGAAGCGUGAGAGCAGACUGCAGAGGCAGAAGGAGCAGCUCGGAGAGUGGCUCUUCCAGCAGCAGACGGAGAAUGCAGCAGGGAGGCAUCAGAAAAAGUUGGAAGACCAACUCUACGACCAGAGCAGAGUAGAAAUGGACAACAAAGCUGCAGAACGUCAGAGGCUUGAGAUGGAGAGGAGAAGAGCAAUUCAGAUUGCCACUGAUGACUACAAUCUGGCUAUGGCCAAGGAAAAACAGCGCAAGCAGGAGGAAUGUAAUAAAGACAUGGUGGGAGUGCCUGUCCUCCGCCCGAGCAGCGUCAGAGCCCCCAAGGAGAGCCUGCAGCACGUCAUUGAGUUUCAGAAAUACCAAAUGGAAGAAAAUAAGAGGACCAAGUUGUUGGAAAGACAGGAGGAGGACUGCUAUGAUCGCAGCAGACUGCAAUCAGAUCAUACAGCUCGGCUUAUUGAGAGGCAGCAGGCGAGGCUGAACAAGCAACUGAGGCAACACCAGGACAGCACAAAUGUUCAGCUGGCACACGAACACAAACAACAGAAACCGGACAUUGAAAGAGGCCUUGUAGAUGAUCGAUUCUUCUCCCAGUUCAACACCUCCAGCAGAUGAUGCUGCAGAUGAUUCCCUUUAAUCAAGAGUGAUGAGUGCUGACAGCGGUUUUAAACAAGGAGAAAUGAAUAAACUGAAGCAUGCUGUAAAUCAAUGUUUUUUUAUUUAGCUUCAUUUAGUCUGUGGAUUUUACAGCAUUUAAAUGUGUUUGCAUUAUGCUGACAGUUCAUAUUCUCUAAGGUAGCCCUGAAAUACUUAAAAUAAAAUAAAAAAG